GCCGACGGGUCUCGCGGUGGGACAGGGGACUGGAGAGACGGGUAGAGGGGCGGGCCGCGAAGGUCGUCGCCAAGGUCGUGGGCUGGACGUGCUGCGCCGGAGCGACGCUAAGUGCGUGCGGGACUCGCACACUCUCCGCUUCUGUCCUGGGCAACGAGAGCCGGCGGCCAGGUGAGGGCGCCGGGAAGUGCCGCCGAGCAAACGUCGGAGAUUCACCAUGUCUAUCCUCAAGAUCAACGCCAGAGAGAUCUUUGACUCUCGUGGGAAUCCCACUGUUGAGGUUGAUCUCUUCACCUCAAAAGGUCUCUUCAGAGCUGCUGUGCCAAGUGGUGCCUCAACUGGUAUCUAUGAGGCCCUAGAGCUCCGGGACAAUGACAAGACUCGCUAUUUGGGGAAGGGUGUCUCAAAGGCUGUUGAGCACAUCAAUAAUACUAUUGCGCCUGCCCUGGUUAGCAAGAAAUUGAACGUCGUGGAACAGGAGAAGAUUGACAAACUGAUGAUUGAGAUGGACGGAACAGAAAAUAAAUCUAAGUUUGGCGCAAAUGCCAUUCUAGGGGUAUCCCUUGCUGUGUGCAAAGCUGGUGCUGUUGAGAAGGGGGUGCCCCUGUACCGCCACAUCGCUGACUUGGCUGGCAACUCCGAAGUCAUCCUGCCAGUCCCGGCUUUCAACGUCAUCAACGGCGGUUCUCACGCGGGCAACAAGCUGGCCAUGCAGGAGUUCAUGAUCCUCCCCGUCGGUGCGGCAAACUUCAGGGAAGCCAUGCGCAUCGGAGCGGAGGUUUACCACAACCUGAAGAACGUCAUCAAGGACAAAUACGGGAAAGAUGCCACCAAUGUGGGGGACGAAGGCGGGUUUGCUCCCAACAUCCUGGAGAAUAAGGAAGCCCUGGAGCUGCUGAAGAACGCGAUCGGGAAAGCGGGCUACACCGAUAAGGUGGUCAUCGGCAUGGACGUGGCCGCCUCCGAGUUCUUCCGGGAUGGGAAGUAUGACCUGGACUUCAAGUCUCCCGAUGACCCCAGCAGGUACAUCACACCUGACCAGCUGGCCGACCUGUACAAGUCCUUCGUCAGGGACUACCCAGUGGUGUCUAUCGAAGAUCCCUUUGACCAGGACGACUGGGGGGCUUGGGAGAAGUUCACGGCCAGCGCAGGAAUCCAGGUGGUGGGGGACGAUCUCACCGUGACCAACCCGAAGCGGAUUGCCAAGGCCGUGAGUCAGAAGUCAUGCAACUGCCUCCUGCUUAAAGUGAACCAGAUCGGCUCUGUGACCGAGUCUCUGCAGGCGUGCAAGCUGGCCCAGUCCAAUGGAUGGGGCGUCAUGGUGUCUCAUCGUUCUGGGGAGACUGAAGACACCUUCAUUGCUGACCUGGUGGUGGGGCUCUGCACUGGGCAGAUCAAGACUGGUGCACCUUGCCGAUCUGAGCGCUUGGCCAAGUACAACCAGCUCCUCAGAAUCGAAGAGGAACUGGGCAGCAAGGCCAAGUUUGCUGGCAGGAGCUUCAGAAACCCCCUGGCCAAGUAAGCUGUGGGCAGGCGCACCCACAAAUCCAUCAUCGCUUGUCAGCUAAUUAGACCCCUCCCCUGAUGUCAGCUCGGGCAGCGCAAGGCCCCCCGACCAGUACUUGCAGGGGCCUCUGGUAGUUAGACCCCCUCGCCCGCUGCUGUGGUGUGCUCACUGCUUCCUUAGAACUUCUACAGAAGCCAAGCUUGACCACCGGAACCUGUUGACAAACCCUACGCUCUGUACUCAAUGUCAUUGGCCCAACAAUCGAUCGCCUGUAUUCUCCACCCUCACUUUUGCCACC